AUGGAAGUCACGAGUCGUAUGAAGUGCGUGUCGAAGCCCGCCAGGCACCUCAUUCUCGUCGGUCCACCAGGGUCAGGAAAAGGGACCCAAUCCUCCAUAAUAGAGGAUGAACAUUGCUUAUGCCAUGUGGCAUCGGGCGAUAUUUUGAGGGCUGCCGUUGAUGCAAAGACCCCCCUCGGUGUUGAGGCUAAAGAGGCCAUGGAUAAGGGAAAACUUGUCUCGGAUGAUGUGGUUGUUAGUAUAAUAGAUGAUGCCUUGAAGAAUCCUUCCUGUCAGAGAGGUUUUAUUCUUGAUGGAUUUCCGAGAAACGUUGUCCAGGCACAAAAGCUUGACGAGAUGCUUGAUAGGCGUGGAGUUAAGAUUGACAAGGUUUUGAACCUUGUAAUUGAUGAUGCUUUAUUGGAGGAGAGAGUUACUGGCCGUUGGCUCCACCCUUCUAGUGGCCGCACUUACCACACGAAAUUCGCGCCUCCGAAAGUUGCUGGUGUUGAUGAUGUAAUGACGAUUCUUUAA